GGAACUGUAACAAUUUUGCUGUGCUUUGCCCUGUGCAAACAGAAGACUCAGGACCUGCCUAGUUGUAUGAAUAACAAGCUAUGAACUCUGUACAUCUGCACGUGGCACUAAAUGAUGGUCACUUCAUCCCUGUACUGGGGUUUGGAACCACUGUGCCUCAGAAGGUACCUAAGGAUGAAGUUAUCAAGGCUACUAAAAUAGCUAUAGACACUGGAUUCCGCCAUUUUGAUUCGGCUCAUUUGUACAAAGUAGAAGAGGAAGUAGGACAGGCCAUUAGGAGCAAGAUUGCAGAUGGCACCGUGAAGAGAGAAGACAUAUUUUAUACUUCAAAGCUUUGGAGCACUUUCCAUCGACCGGAAUUGGUCCGGUCUUGCUUAGAGAUGACCUUGAAGGCCACACAGCUGGACUAUGUUGAUCUUUAUGUUAUACAUUUCCCAAUGGCUCUGCAGCCAGGAAAUCAGUUUUUUCCACGAGACGAACAUGGAAAACUGCUGGUUGACGAAGUGGAUCUGUGUGACACAUGGGAGGCCAUGGAGAAGUGUAAGGAUGCAGGACUGGCUAAGUCCAUCGGGGUGUCCAACUUUAACCGCAGGCAGCUGGAGAUGAUCCUGAACAAACCGGGGCUCAAGUACAAGCCUGUGUGCAACCAGGUAGAAUGCCAUCUUUAUCUCAACCAGAGCAAAAUGCUGGACUAUUGUAAGUCAAAAGACAUCGCUCUUGUUUCCUACUGUACAUUGGGGAGUUCUCGAGACGCAACCUGGGUGGAUCAGAAUAGUCCAGUCCUCUUAGAUGAUCCAGUUCUUUGUACCAUUGCAAAAAAGUACAAGAAAACACCAGCGCUGGUUGCUCUUCGUUACCAUUUGCAGCGUGGCGUUGUGGUCCUGACCAGGAGCUUCAAUGAGAAGCGCAUCAGAGAGAACAUGCAGGUUUUUGAAUUCCAGUUGACUCCAGAGGACAUGAAAGUCCUAGAUGGCUUGAACAGAAAUUUAAGAUACAAUCCUGCAUAUUAUUUUAAUGGACAUCCCAAUCACCCAUUUGCCGAUGAAUAUUAACAUGAAGGCCAUUGUCAGAAUUCCCGCCAGAAUAUCUGUGU